GCUCAUUUCACUUGUCACAUAUAGAUGUGGAUGGACUCGCAGACACGUUAUUAGGGCCACCUGGUCAAUGGAAGAUGCAAUCGACAGGAAGGCUACGGCACCGUCCUCUGACAAUGAAGGCCAGCCCUCCGGGCGAACGCGGUCUGGAAGCGCAAACAGCGGACACAAGCGCAGCUCCUCGGGCUCGUUGCUCUCACGGCUUUCAUUUUUACGCAUGAUGCAGGCUAGCCAGAAUCCUUCGGGUCGAGGCCACUCCAGCCUCGAAGCAGACGACGACCGUGAUGACCUGGGGUCCGGGUUACGAGGCGGGAGGCCCAUCUCUACAGCGCCGCAACAUAGGAGGACGCGAAGGAGGAGAGGCUCUUUAAGGAAGACAGCUCUGCUCGGCACGCGGUUUGACUAUCGAGAUAAGAAGGCCGGUAGACAGGGUGUAGACGUUCGUGGGGAGAAUGCCGACCAACACCAGGUUCAAUCGCGAGCGCAGCAGCAACAACUUACGCCGCCACCUAUACCUACACAUACUCGGAUGAAAUCUUUCGGUGAUCCAGCCACGUCGAGUGAUGGAUUUAUACACAGUCAGCCAUCGAGCCGGGAGGGACUUGGGGGGAGAAGUACUUCGACUUCGAGCUGGACGCUGAUGGACGCACCCCAACGUAGUCGGAAGCUCUCUGCCUCGACACCGCAACAUAUCCAGUCCAUUCGAUCCAAGGAGAAUAAACUCCGCGAUGAUGUUACCACUGAUGAUGAAGACAUCGUUCCUUUUCCCUCGAAAAAUGCGGGCACUGCCCCUUCCGCGUUUCACAGUUCCUCCAAUACUUCCAGCAACAGCGGAGCUGCAGGACUGCACCUUCCGACUCCACCAUCUAGCACAGACUCAUACUACUCACUUCAACCGGAUCAGAAGUACAGGGCUGCUCAUCGCGCCAAAUCGCCUCUCGCAACGCACGCGGUCGACAUUACUGGCAGCCAGGAGGCGAUGAGCUGGGAUUACUCGGAGACCGAGUGGUGGGGCUGGAUAAUCUUGAUAGUGACCUGGCUGGUCUUUGUCGUGGGGAUGGGGAGUUGCUUUGGUGUUUGGAGUUGGGCUUGGGAUGUUGGGGAGACUCCUUACGCCCCUCCUGAGUUGGAAGAUGACCCAACCCUUCCCAUUGUUGGGUACUAUCCUGCGCUCAUUGUACUAACGGCGGUCAUGUCAUGGGUAUGGGUUAUAAUUGCAUGGGUGGGCAUGAAAUACUUCAAGCACGCCAACAUAACGGGGGAUGACACAUGA